CGUUUUCUUCAUUGUGCCUCCGAACCAAAACCUGAAGCCUAGAACCUUCUUCCGUCUCACAGUUUGCCGGAAUCAGCGAUGGAUCCUCAGCCUGAGCCAGUUAGCUACAUCUGCGGAGAUUGUGGAAUGGAGAAUACGCUGAAGCCUGGUGACGUUAUACAGUGCCGUGAGUGCGGUUACCGUAUCCUUUACAAGAAGCGCACUCGUCGCAUUGUCCAAUACGAGGCACGCUGAAGAAAACUGCUCUGACAUUGGCAAGUAAUUUCCAUGGAAAUUGUUACUACAUCUGUGUUGUGAUAUUGAAGAACUACUUUUAAUUCUACAGUACCAUUGCUUUUGGGUGAUGUUUAGAAAAGGAUAAAAACUUUGAAAUGUGAAUAUGUUACAAAUAUUUGUGUUUCAUUAGUUUGCAAUUUUAUCACUACGAUGGUUAAAAAAAAGUUUCAACUAGGAAAAGGAUUGGUGCUCUUAAUGGAUCAACUUGCUAUGAUUUAGAAAACAGUCUGCCCACGCAACGCUUCAUUUGUGGCUUGUAAAAUGAGUUCCAUUCGAAAUAUAACAUAUUUUGGCAAA